AUGUUGGAACUUGGUAUAAGGCUGGAUCGUGAUGUUAUUGUUGUUGUUGCCUUUGCUUGUCGUUGUGACUUGUUGUUGUUAUUGUUUGUUAUUGCUGAGCCUUGUGAUUAUCUUAUCCUGCAGCUUGAUGUUCAUAAUGCUUUCUUGAAUGGAAAUCUGACUGAAACUAUUUACAUGCGUCAACCCCUUGGAUAUAUUAAUGCUCAAUUCUCUAAUCAUAUUUGUCUGCUAAAACGUUCUUUGUAUGGAUUGAAACAAGCUCCUAGGGCUUGGUUUAAUCGCCUACACACGUUUCUACUAUCGAUUGGGUUUAAGGCAUCAAAGACAGAUCUCUCUCUAUUUCAUUACUCGCAGGACUCUGCAUCUGUGUAUUUAUUGGUUUAUGUUGAUGACAUACUUGUGAUGGGGAGUGAUAAAAGUUUGAAAAUGUACAUGACAGAUAUUCUGAAACGAGCAGGUAUGGCAGAAUGCAAGCCUCUAGCUACUCCUAUUCCUGUAUCGAAAUCUGUCCCUUCCAAUGCAGAUUUGUAUGAUGAUUCUAUGCAGUACAAGAGUCUGGCUGGAGCGCUGCAAAAGUCAGUGUCAAGAGAACUUCAUGCUUUUUCUGAUUCUGAUUGGGCUGGUUGUCCUGAAGACCGUAAAUCUACUAGUGGUUAUGCUGUGUGUCUCGGAUCUAAUCUUGUGUCUUGGGUAUGUAAGAAACAGAGAACUGUUGUCAGAUCUUUUGCUGAGGCAGAAUAUAAAGCUCUAGCAGAUGUUUGUGCUGAAGUAAUAUGUAUUCUUUCCCUGUUACAUUAG